AUGCAUAGCUCCCGGCAUCGCUCCGCACAGACAUUUGCGGACGCCGAACUACAGCGAGCUAUCCAACUCUCUUUACAAGAAGUCGGUGCUGUAGGUGGUCAUUCACGACCAGGUUAUACCCCAUCUCAACCUACUGGAUACUCGGAGCCACCUCUUGUAGAUCGAACAAGACACCCUCAGUCGUCGAAGACUGAAGAAGAGGAUGACCCCGAUCUGAAAGCCGCUAUCGAAGCCAGUUUACGGGAAGCUAAUGCUCCGAAACCCAGCGCCCCACUGGCUAUAGAGACGCCCCGGAACGAGGAACCUUCCUUCUCUUAUUCUGGGUCUACUUUUUCACAAUCAUAUCCACCUGGCGUCUUGCCACCUCAUCCCGUGCUGCCUAAAGUACCUAACUACGACCUCGAGCCUUUAGAGGAGGAUGCCAUCUUAACAUUCAGCCAAACAGUCGAGCAAGUCCAAGCUCAAGGCCGUCGUGACAUGUCGCGAUACCCCGCGGUAAACGACCUGUAUGAUAAAGCAAAUAGUCUGCGACCGAAGCUGGCAUUGGGCCUGGAUGACGCUGGCAGGAAGCAAGAGGUCCUGUCUGAAAUGCAUGAUAAAUUGUCUCAGGCUGUUAAACUGUACGACCAGCUACUUUCAGCUCAAGUCGCACAACCCCGUUGGAGGUCUCCCCAAGCUUCAGCUGCACCCUACCAGCAGCCAACUUACACCGGACAUACUGCUCAACCCAAUGGCCAGCAAUCACAAUGGGCUCCAAAUGGUUAUCAAGAGCACGCACCUCCGCGCGACAUGAGCACACCUACGCCCCACUCUCAGCCAUGGUAUAACAAGGCACAGCAGAGUCAAUACCCGCAACACACGACUCAAUAUGUCUCCCAACCGCAAUAUGCUCAGUAUCCCAUCGAUUCGCAAUCGCCUCCCUUGACAUCUCAGUCAUACACGCCUACACCAGUCCCACAUUCUUCGCAGUCUCCACAACCAUCAACAUCGCAUUCUCCUUCACUCUCGAGACAGAACACAUUCUCAUACUCUUCCCACCACGCCCCUUCACUGUCAUCGUCACCCAGUCUCUCCCGUAGCCAUACAAUCUCCCACCCACCUACCCAAGGAGCUCAGCCUCACCAGGCCUCUCCACCCCAAAUACAGCAACCUCCGGUCCAACAGUACAUCAACCAACAACCAGCUCAGUCACAGUCACAACAUGUUUAUUCACAGCCCUCACCUCCUCAGACCCAAUCGCAAUAUCAAUCAACUCCACCACAAUCACAAUCAUAUCAGCCGCCUGUACAACCUCAAUACCAGCCUCAACCUCAGAAACAACCUCAAUAUCUUCCUUCGUCGCCAGCACCGCCUAUCGUGGCUUCACUCGCGCAAUUCCCUGUUGCGCCGACCUCCGCACCGCAGACCUUCUCCAUGUAUGGUCCGACGGCCGGUCUUCCCAGUAGUAUAGCGCAGACUGAAGAAAGGAAAGAAGCUUUAUUAAUUGAUUUGUAG